UUGGACUACACAUGUGUUUGUAAUAAGUGGCCUGAUUUAUAACUCUUGCCAGUCUGGUAACCAUGUGCAUCGCUGUCUUAAAAACAAAUAAAAUAACAAAAAAUAAAAAAAAACAAAUAAAAAACAUAAAAUACCACGCUGUCUAAUAUACGUGUUGGCAGCAUAAAUUACAUACACAUUAAAAAACAACCAAAGAAAAGCAAAGCACACCCAAUAUAACAGUUUGCCUGCUCUACCAUACCUGAGCCACAAAAAUAUAAUGUGUAUACUUUGACAGGUGUGUGUAUUCUACUUGUCAACAUUGAUCUUUCAGUACUUGUGUAGCAUGCAAUAGCUAUACGUAUGGUAUAUUAUUAUAAUACUAAUUAGUGGAUGCAGGAGCUGGUUGCAUGGCGGGACCAGGGUGAAGUCAAUGAGACAACAAGAUGUCUGGCUAGUCACACAAGGCCCCCAUUUAUGAGCUUGUCCAGGAAGGAGUGGGAACACCGAUGGCGGCCUGCCUAUGAUCUCUUACAAGGCACUGUCAGAAGUCUAAUGCUGUGUCACCCCCCCGCACAACAUUUUUCCCUCACCGAUACCUGCCUAUUGCUGGCCCAUGCAGUAGUUAUGCACUGUUGACUGUAUUAUGUCUCUCUCGCUGCUAUUGUAUGUAGGUUCUUUGCCUUUGUUUCUGUGACAGGCCCAAUCGUGCACGACACGCUGUUUCUUCUUCCAAUGCUAAGUCGGUGUGUGUCUCCUUUUCAAAAACGGACGCCACUCUGGCUCCUCUGCUGGUUCAUCAGAGGCGAUACGAAGGAUAGCGAGCGGAAGCUCCUUCCGAAGAAUCUUGAGAGUUCAAGAAGAGUGGGUUAGGAGACUGGAGGGGAGAACAGGACAUUCCUGAACUCGAACCUGUCAGUCCGGUUUAUACUGGAACACGUGGUGAAAUCACACAGACACUUGCAAACUAGACAUCCCAAACUGAGUCCAGAGCAAGUCAGCCACGCGACCGAGCUCCUCAACCUACGACUCAAAAGAGUCCCAGUCCAGUAUAUCGUGGGAGAAUGGGAAUUCCGGAACCUGACACUGACCCUCAGAGCUCCCGUCCUCAUUCCAAGACCAGAGACAGAGGAGCUAGUGGGUCUAGUCCUACAACACUGUUGCCCCGGAUACCAACAAACAAGGUCACAUGACCCACGCACACACCGUGGUCGUGAGGGAAACAGAGGCAGGGAGGAGGGGGAGAGAGGAGAGGCGGUAAGGUUUCUGGACGUUGGCUGCGGCAGUGGAGCUAUUUCACUAUCUCUUCUCCAAGAGUGUCCUCAAAUGUAUGGCUGUGCAGUGGAUAUAUCAGAAGAGGCAGUGGCACUUACCAGAGAGAAUGCAACCAGAACUGGGCUAUCAGAACGACUGACAGUAAUCCUCAGUUCCAUUGAGACACUUCACACCUCUCCCCAUCUUCACAACUCUCCCCACUCUCACACCUCUCCCCAUCUUCACAACUCUCCCCACUCUCACAGAUCUCCCCACUCUCACAACACUCAUCACUCUCACAGCUCUCCCCAUCCACCCAUCACCACUGGCCACGGGUGUCUAUGGGCUGACGUAAUAGUCAGUAAUCCUCCUUACAUUACCACCUCAGACAUGGCAACUCUGGAUCAUUCUGUCUCCUGGUAUGAAGACAAGAGAGCAUUGCACGGAGGGAAAGAUGGAUUAGACGUUGCAGCAAAGAUUCUCGAAUUUUCAUCUCAUCACCUGAAACAAGGAGGAGAGCUGUGGUUGGAGCUGGGUCUGAACCAAGACCCCACCAUCCUCCUGACUGCUGACUCAGCGAAUCAUCUCUCCCACGUCUCCUCUUACAACGACUUCACUCAGAGACUAAAAAGUUUCGAGAGUUUAGAAUUCCAGCUGUCUUAUAUAUAUAGCACAUUCCAAACUUACCGUCACGUAUACCUCAGCAUAAACUAUAUGUAGCCCUUCUUACAAUACAUAAGAUCAUAGCCCCAUAUUAUGCCAAAGUACCAUGUAUAUACAUCCAUAUAAAAGUAAUACGAGUCGUGAAGUAAGGAGAUGAGUUAAUGUAGUUGAAGAUCUUCCCUGAAGCUGCGGUACGGUGGCUGGGUGGCUGCUGCGAACGUAAAAGGAAUGGCGCACAGAUGCACCUGAAAACAUGAGACACUCUGCGUCACUCUCAUCUGUACAACUGAAGCUAUAGUUUGACUGCUGAAAUGCUUGCACGAGGCAGGCUCCGUCAAAUGUAUAAGGAAUGGCACACACGCACACGAGAAUCUAUCCGUUUUUCCUUUUUGUCCACUCUGACCUUAUGACUAUGCAAAUAUAUAUGGCCACACCAC